UUAUUUUGAUGUGAACUAGAGUUGCUGCCUCAUAAUAUUAUUUCUUUUUGUUUUUGUUAUUUAUACAUGAUGUCCGAUGUAGACGAGAUUAUUGAUUACAUAAAGUCAUUAAAGAAAGGGUUCGAUAAAGAUUUGUUUCAAAGUAAGAUCGAUGAAUUGGCCCAUGCAGUUGACACAGUUGGUUUGGAAUAUGAAGAUUUUCACACAUUGUUUAAAGUUUGGCUAAAUUUAACAAUACCCAUAACAAAAUGGGUCAGCAUCGGUGUGUGUCUCGUACCUCAGAAUUGUGUAACUGAGCAAACUGUGGACUAUGCUCUCCGAUGGCUGUUGGCUAAUGCACAAGAUCAAACCAACUUCUCCAGGAUAGCUUUCCUUCUAGAUUGGCUUACAGCUGCUAUGGACUGUGAGUCCGUAGACAUUGCAGCUCUAGACUGUGGAUAUGAAGUUUUUUUUUCUUUCCUGACAUCUGAAGUGCUUGCAGCCCAUGUCCUGAAGUUGGUUUACACACUGACAAAGCCAACAGAUGUCACUAGAACAAGGGUGUUGGAGCUCUUUGAUUGUGCCAAGAAGAGAGAAAGUAAAAAGAGCAUGUGUCGGCAGCUGCAAGUGUUACUGGGCUUGUUCAAGUCAUACAAACCUGAGUGUGUGCCAGAAGAUAUCCCUGCUGUGCCCGUCCACACCACAUUCAAGAGCAACAUCACCCUUCUGACCAGGUUUAAGAAAUGGCAGGAACAAAGAAAUGAAGAAGGAACUCAGAGUCUACAUUUAAGGUGGACAAAUCCCAUGCUGGGAGGAAACGGCAAGAAGGGUGAAUCACUGGUACCUAAUAUAGAAUUUAUAAAUAUUGGAUCCCAACAGUACCAAGACAAAGAGCCUCAAAAGAACUAUCUCGAUUUCACUGACCCGGUAUCACUCCUUCAGUACAGCGUGCAUCGCUCAGUGUCGCGCCCGGCGAGAUUACGAGCACUCCUGCGCAACAACACAGGAGUCAUGCUACUGGCGCUCAGUGACGCACGCACGCAGGCCGCGCUCCACCAUGACCUGCACUACAUGCUCACUGGCUGUAAGUACUCCUUCAGUACAGCGUGCACCGCUCAGUGUCGCGCCCGGCGAGAUUACGGGCACUCCUGCGCAACAACACAGGAGUCAUGCUACUGGCGCUCAUACAGCGUGCACCGCUCAGUGUCGCGCCCGGCGAGAUUACGGGCACUCCUGCGCAACAACACAGGAGUCAUGCUACUGGCGCUCAGUGACGCACGCACGCAGGCCGCGCUCCACCAUGACCUGCACUACAUGCUCACUGGCUGUAAGUACUCCUUCAGUACAGCGUGCACCGCUCAGUGUCGCGCCCGGCGAGAUUACGGGCACUCCUGCGCAACAACACAGGAGUCAUGCUACUGGCGCUCAUACAGCGUGCACCGCUCAGUAUCGCGCUCGGCGAGAUUACGGGCACUCCUGCGCAACAACACAGGAGUCAUGCUACUGGCGCUCAGUGACGCACGCACGCAGGCCGCGCUCCACCAUGACCUGCACUACAUGCUCACUGGCUGUAAGUACUCCUUCAGUACAGCGUGCAUCGCUCAGUGUCGCGCCCGGCGAGAUUACGGGCACUCCUGCGCAACAACACAGGAGUCAUGCUACUGGCGCUCAGUGACGCACGCACGCAGGCCGCGCUCCACCAUGACCUGCACUUCAUGCUCACUGGCUUACAGCGUGCACCGCUCAGUGUCGCGCCCGGCGAGAUUACGAGCACUCCUGCGCAACAACACAGGAGUCAUGCUACUGGCGCUCAGUGACGCACGCACGCAGGCCGCGCUCCACCAUGACCUGCACUACAUGCUCACUGGCUUACUCCUUCAGUACAGCGUGCACCGCUCAGUAUCGCGCCCGGCGAGAUUACGGGCACUCCUGCGCAACAACACAGGAGUCAUGCUACUGGCGCUCAGUGACGCACGCACACAGGCCGCGCUCCACCAUGACCUGCACUACAUGCUCACUGGCUGUUUUCUGGAUGCAUCACCACACAGCGAGCUGGAAAAGCGCGAUGCACUACACUGCGUAGCUGUUUUACAACGCACUUUGUGUCAACCGAUAAGGGCUGCUUCGGCUUUCUUAGCGCAUUUGCUGCCUCUCUGGGAUGAGACGCACUACUUUAACGAGAUCCUGGAGCUGCUGGAGUGGGUGGAGGCGGACCCGGAGCUGCUGCCGCGGGUGCUGGAGCCCGUGGCGCGCGCGCAGCUGCACGCGCCGCCCGCGCGCCGGGCCGCCGUGCUGCGCGCGCUACACACCCUCUACACCAACCUGGUGCGUACCGUACUACUGCUACUACUGGAGCUGCUGGAGUGGGUGGAGGCGGACCCGGAGCUGCUGCCGCGGGUGCUGGAGCCCGUGGCGCGCGCGCAGCUGCACGCGCCGCCCGCGCGCCGGGCCGCCGUGCUGCGCGCGCUACACACCCUCUACACCAACCUGGUGCGUACCGUACUACUGCUACUACUGGAGCUGCUGGAGUGGGUGGAGGCGGACCCGGAGCUGCUGCCGCGGGUGCUGGAGCCCGUGGCGCGCGCGCAGCUGCACGCGCCGCCCGCGCGCCGGGCCGCCGUGCUGCGCGCGCUACACACCCUCUACACCAACCUGGUGCGUACCGUACUACUGCUACUACUGGAGCUGCUGGAGUGGGUGGAGGCGGACCCGGAGCUGCUGCCGCGGGUGCUGGAGCCCGUGGCGCGCGCGCAGCUGCACGCGCCGCCCGCGCGCCGGGCCGCCGUGCUGCGCGCGCUACACACCCUCUACACCAACCUGGUGCGUACCGUACUACUGCUACUACUGGAGCUGCUGGAGUGGGUGGAGGCGGACCCGGAGCUGCUGCCGCGGGUGCUGGAGCCCGUGGCGCGCGCGCAGCUGCACGCGCCGCCCGCGCGCCGGGCCGCCGUGCUGCGCGCGCUACACACCCUCUACACCAACCUGGUGCGUACCGUACUACUGCUACUACUGGAGCUGCUGGAGUGGGUGGAGGCGGACCCGGAGCUGCUGCCGCGGGUGCUGGAGCCCGUGGCGCGCGCGCAGCUGCACGCGCCGCCCGCGCGCCGGGCCGCCGUGCUGCGCGCGCUACACACCCUCUACACCAACCUGGUGCGUACCGUACUACUGCUACUACUGGAGCUGCUGGAGUGGGUGGAGGCGGACCCGGAGCUGCUGCCGCGGGUGCUGGAGCCCGUGGCGCGCGCGCAGCUGCACGCGCCGCCCGCGCGCCGGGCCGCCGUGCUGCGCGCGCUACACACCCUCUACACCAACCUGGUUUACUCUAGUACCCGUAGAAGACAGCACUUCGUGUGUAGCGCGGUGCCGCGCGACAUAUAUAAAGAUGCGCUGAGCUACGUAGCUUCUACGAUAAGCACCAUGUGUGGCAAAGCUCUACAGGUUGACCCAGAGGACCACCUCGCACUCCACAGCUGCGUGUCCGGCGCGCUCCGCGCGGCGCGCGCGCAGCUGGCGCACGGCGCGCCCGCGCUGCCCGCGCCGCCGCCGCCGCCCGCGCUGGCGCUGCCGCUGCUGGCCGUCUCCGCCGACCUGCUCGACAAGGUGGCCGCGCUCAUCCUGACAUACAAGGAAAUCAUGUUCGCAAUGCAAUCAAACAAGGAGAACAGGAGAGAUCAAAGCUACAUCGAACAAAAGAGGACGCUCAAAGGCUACACUUCGGACAUCGUGCGAUGCCUGGUGGACGAAACCAGUUUCUCAGGUGGGCAGAGUGGUCUGGUCUUCCAGCGAUUACACCCACAAGUCGUUCGGAAACUGACCGAGUACAUACCAGAAUCAGAUUCAGCGUUGAGCAUAAGAAACCAUCUAGCGUUCGCUCCGUACACGUAUAUACAAAUAUCUGACUCCGGCUUCGCUGACAAUGAACUGUGGUUUGAUGCGGUCAUAAAGAAGGAGUUUACGCAUUUAUCUACGUUAUUAAACAUGCUUGGCUGGGGUAGAAAAAUGGUUGAUUAACGAUUUUGAACCUUAUGUGUAGAAUGUUAAGUUGGAAUUGGCUUUAAACGUAGUGUUUUAGUGUAAAGUUUGGACGUAAGUUAGCCUAGAUUGUUAAGUACUUGCCUCGGCGUGCCUUGUUUAAGUAGGUAGUUGUACGAGUAUAAGACAGCUUUCAGAACCAACUGUACUUAUAGUGUAAACAUAUGUCUUGUGUAACAUCGCGUUGUUUUAAACGUGGCAAAUGUAAUUUGUAAUACAGUGCAUUAUAAG